AUGAGGGUGCCUGUCUGGUUACUAUGGGGUGACUGUAAGCCUUGUCCGAGGACCUGUUUUAAUUACACAUGUUACCCAAACAACGGGUCUUGCGACAAUGAGUGUAUCCAAGGACAAUAUGGACAUUUCUGUCAACUAUCCUGCAUAGACUGCCCAGGAGGAGCUUGUAAUCCUAGUUCCGGGAUAUGUAUUCAAGGAAGCACCGUGCAUGUUUUUGGACCAGGACUAGCGACAGGAUGUGUACUUCUUAUAGUUUGUACUGUUUUUAUACUUGUGCUUCAUUUUCGUCGUCGCCGCCAAACUACAGAAAGGAAUCACCAAAGAGAUGAGUCGAUACUUACAGAGAGAUCAGUGCAAGUGGAAACAGGAGAGUUCUACCCAGUGCAUCGGUACUGGGAUAUAGAUGAUUAUGAUGAAGUAUCUCAGCAGCAAGGACAGCAACAAGGACCGGUAGAGGAAGAAGAUUACGAGGAAGUAUCUCAGCAGCAAGGACAACAACAAGGACCGGCAGUGGAAGAAGAUUACGAGGAAGUAUCUCAACAGCAUGGACAACAACAAGGACCGGCAGUGGAAGAAGAUUACGAGGAAGUAUCUCAGCAGCAAAGACAACAACAAGGACCGGUAGAGGAAGAAGUCAACAGUGACCCUGCACUUCCUGCUUUGGCCGACUUCUUUCCUGGGCCACAUGACAGUGAAUGUGAUGAUGGUAUUCCUGUACUACCUGUGUGGGCUGAUUACUUUCCCGGGUCCCAGGACACAGAAGACAACAAUGGUGGUGACACAUCACCUAGUUCAACGAGUGGUUCCCAUUCAUACACUCGCUUGAUGAGGGAUAUGUUUGUUGAUGAUCCGAUAACUGUAGUCACGUAUAUAUCACCAACUGAAGACCUAGAGUAGCAAUGGAAGAUACUAAUUACUCAAAUACCGAUACAUCACUUUGAAAGUACGCGAGGCGUUAACUCUGGUUUGCCGAAAUCAUUAAUCUCUGUUUGGUGAUCGGCCGGUGGACUACCGUCCUCUGUGGUGCUUUCAGUUGCCUUCAUGUUUAUAAUUUGUCAAUUUUCUUCUCUUGCGUUGUAUUCUUGGAUUUUACUAUGUUAUGGCCUAUGUUUGUAAAAGCUCGUUCACCGUUAAACGUGUUAGGUAACUUUGGCUUCCUGCGACAAUGGGAUUAGUUUGUUCAGCAUAUAAAUUCCUCAUGCAUUCCAGUUAGGGGCGUGUGCUUAUCCUUCGUUUUAAUACCUGAAUCUCAGAUAUUUGUUAGGUAAUUAGUUUGCUUUUCGUGUUUUCAGGGUUUUUCACGCGAUGAGUUAGGGUUUUGUCGACAUUAUGCAUUUGUUUGUGAUCAUGGAAUAUGCUAAUUAAGCUCAGACACUUCUGAGUUCCUCUUGUUAACUUAAUCACCCGACGAAAAUAAAACUGUAAAUUGUCACCACUGUUA